AUGCUGGCUGACGACAGAUUUUGCGAGGUUUGCGAUGAUCGUGAUGACGCAGCAAUGAGGAAGACAAUCGAAGACUGUCAACGCGAAGAAGACAAAUCGGAUGUGAGUUUUUCCUCAACCGGAUUGGCACGAAUUAGUGGGCUUGCGAUGAAGCGAGAUAAUUUCUCAUUGCCACGGAAUCUUGAUGACGACGAAGAAUGGGCCGAAAAGUUUGGAGGGCACUCUAUAAGUUUUUCACAAAGAAGGAUCCGCGUCAGAAAUCGCUCUCACAGUUUUCUUUUGAAUGGAGUUUACCAAGUAGCGCUGGAAACUUCGUGGCCAAGGCUAUUAAUGUCUCUCAUAUUAGCCUACUUGUCGGUCGUAGCGACGAUUGCACUACUGAUUACCAUUUCGAUCCAGAAUCCACUCGAGCAACCGAUGCAAAGUGGUUUUGCAAAAAAGUUCGAAAAGGCCUUCUUUUUUGGCGUCCAGACGAUAUCCACUGUUGGCUACAGAGCUCUGAGUCCACGACAAGAUAGCAACGCUGCCAACUUUUUCGUGUUCCUUUUGGUGUUUUCUGGUAUAACGUGGGCAAAGUUUUCCAUUCCAAAAGCGUCAGCACUGCUCUACAGUAAUGUUUUACUGCUAAAUCGGUUCCAUUCACAUCGCGCUGUUAUGUUUCGUGCUGCGAACAACCGCGAAUUUGGAGUUAUACUUGAAGGUUCUUUCAGGAUGAGUGUAGUGAUGCUUAAUCGCAACCUUGGACACAGAAGCAUUCAUGAAUUGCGGCUGAUACGCAACGUUUGGCCCAUCAUCAAUUUGUGCGACAUUCUUACUCACAUCAUUGACGAAAGCUCACCUCUCUACCAUUUGUCGACAAAUGACUUGCUGUCAGGAGACCAUUUCUUCGUUGUGCUUUUUACGGGCCAGGACGGCAUUGUCAGCGACACCAUGGUCGCUCGAAAAGCCUAUCAUGCCUGCGACAUCCUGGUGGACCAUCACUUCAAAGACAACAUUAGUCUAUCAGCUGACGGUCUGUACAUCGAUCUAGAUGCCAUUAACGCCACGUACUUGGAUUCCGAGAUCGGCAGUCAAAGUGGCGAGGUACAAAGUCAUGAAAACCGUCAGACUUGCAGCUCGACGGAAUUCAACGUCGUCGAGCACUUGCCAGAAACAAGUAAAGCUGACAGUCCACACUCGAACUAUGAAGUGAUGUAG